AUGACGAUCACGUCGGACGAGGUGAAUUUCCUCGUCUAUCGAUACCUGCAGGAGUCGGGCUUCCUGCACUCGGCCUUUACCUUCGCGUACGAGAGCCAGCUAGCUAAGUCCAGCGUUAUCAACACGGAGCUGCCUCCCGGCGCCCUCGUGUCCUUUAUGCAGAAGGGGCUCCAGUAUGUCGGUAUCGAGGCGCACAUCAACGAGGAUGGAACAGAGCGCGAGUGCGAUGGAGACUUCUCGCUACUGAGUCCGCAUAUCUGCCGCGUGGCACAAUCCGCCUCGAGCAGCGCGAGGUCGUUCAAAGCCUCCAAUAAGCGGAAACGGAAGGGGGACGGCUCGCCUGAUGCUGUGGACGGUACGAAAGGUAGGGGAAUAGUCUACGUAUUGGUAUAUAGAUUUUUUGUAUUAACUGGAAUAUUGUGGAUUGUUGCAGAAAUGAACGGCGUAGAUAAACUAGACAAAGAGGCGCUAGUGCUGCUGAGCGGACACGAGAAGGAAGUGUAUGCAUGCUCGUGGAGUCCCGUAAAGAACGUCUUGGUCUCUGGAUCGAGCGACUCUACGGCGCGGGUCUGGUCGCUGCCGAACAAAGUGGAGAAUAGCAAAGCUAUUAAACCCAAAGUGUUGAGCCAUGGCACAGGACCACACAAGGAUGUCACGACUCUCGAGUGGAAUCAUAAUGGAUCUUUGCUGGCGUCAGGAACUUAUAAUGGCAAGACACGAAUCUGGGACGCGGAAGGCGAGAUGAAGCACAUUUUCCAGUACCACAACGGCCCAGUGUUUGCUACGCGGUGGAGCAAGAGCAGCUUGUUCCUACUCAGCGCUAGUUUUGAUAAGACUGUGGUUGUAUGGGACGCAGCGACUGAAACGAAGAAGCAGCAGCUGAAAUUGCACGAUGAUCCGAUCCUGGACGCAUCGUGGAAAGAUGACGCUACGUUUGCUACGUGCUCGUCAGAUAUGAGCAUUUGUGUUGCUCGAGUGGGAGAAACUAAGGCUGAUGUCGUGCUUCGAGGACACAAAGACGCGAUUAACUCGGUCAAGUGGGAUCCUGCUGGACGAUAUUUGGCGUCGUGUUCAGAUGACUACACGGUAAAAAUAUGGGAUCCGUCUAAGGCUAUUGAGAAGAAGAAUCCAGCAGAUGGAGAGGCUAUGGAGGUCGAUAGCAACGAGAAUAACAAGAAGGACACGGACUUGGAUGCGGUAACUUCAGCUGCGUUGGUAUACACUCUUCAAGAACACAAGAAGGAAGUGUAUACGUUUCGUUGGAGCUGCACUGGGCCAGGCACAUCGCUCCCGGAUCAGCCGCUGACAUUAGCCAGUGCAUCUUUCGACGGCACCGUGAAGCUUUGGGACGCCGAAUCAGGUUCCUGUAGGAGAACAUUUGAUCACCAGUAUCCUGUAUAUGGUGUUGCGUUUAGCCCGGAUGGGGAGUACUUGGCUAGUGGAACAGUAGGGGGAAUGGUCAACGUUUGGUCAUUAAAGUUCUACGAAAGUCAGGACGAUAGCGACAGCUGCCAGCUCUUCCAUGACGUCGACGACGUGGCGGUAGAGCGGGAGCAGAAUGCAGGUCAUCCCGCCAAGGAGCAAGGCCGCAUCCGCCAGCUCGUGGAGCUGCUGACGUUGCAGAGCCACAACGUGGGCGACGCUCGCUCUGCGCUCGUAGACAAGCUCCUGGGCGUCGUCAAGGUGAAUGAGCUGCUGUUGACGCGCGCCACAGAGGAGCAGAUCGCUAGCGCGGCCAAUGACGCGAUCACAGACGAGAUUUUGGCGUCCGUGGACCAAGAGGAGCGACGCCGGAACGAGUUGGCAGUUAAAGAGCAGCAGAUAGUGGCGGCUUCAACAUCGACGCUCGAGCAGUUGAGUCCAUUCCGCGUGUUGGAGCUUGUGGAUGUACUGGACUCCACGACUGGUGGAAUGGUCAAGAAAGUCCUGACUAAGGUGAGACGGAGAGCUCCACUUAAUGCGAGGAUGGAGCGACACAAUGAAAUGGAUAGAGAUGUCGAGUUUUGCAAGUUUUGCUCGGCGUAUGGAGACCACACAGCUGCACAACAUCGCUGUCGACUAUGCGGAGUAGAAGGAGACCACCGGAGUCGGAGUUGCCCGAAUCAAGGAGCGAUUCCAGCCGAUUCGAACACGAAUUCGCCCGUGAAGACUGUAGCUACAGUUGAGGAACAAAAAUUCUGCACAUUAUGUAACUCAUGGGGAACGCACGCUACUGAGCGUCAUCGAUGUCGCACGUGCGGGGCUCAUGGAGCUCACCGUAGCCAACGGUGUCCUGCAGCUUCAUCGUCGUCUCUAGUGCCAUGGAUUGGACCAACGGAAUUGCGCAAGGGGCGAAAGUACUGUUCAUAUUGUAAUGCAUGGCGUCCACAUGCAUCUGACGAGCAUCGAUGUCGAUUAUGUGGAGUAAUUGGAGAUCAUGGGAGCAAGAAGUGCCCAAAACGGACGAAUGGAUCGUCCUCAAGUCCUAGAUUUACACAACAUGGCGACGAUACAUCGCCAGCCAUGUCUCCCGAUAAGACCAAGACGUUCUGUACAUUUUGUCGGAGAGAAGCUGCACAUACGACGAACGAACAUCUUUGUCGAGUGUGUCGAGCCGUGGGGUUGCAUCGGUCUGAUGGCUGUCCACAGCGCAGUAGUAGCAGUACCGUGCUGUCGUACUCAGUGGAUGCUGCGUCUAAAGUUCGAGAUCGCGUGCUGGAGACAAUUCCUCAAGUGCUCCCGCCUCCUGCAGUAACUCUCGUGUGGCGUAGUCUGGACAAAGUGGGCGAUGCUGAUCUCAUAUUACGCAAGACACUACAACGGAUAGGCGUCUGGGGUGGAGGAUCUCAGACGCCUAUUACGACACCCUAUGCACCCCCAAGUGCCAACUUCAGCGGCGUGGAGGCAGUUGAUGAAGCUGCUAGAGAUGAUAGCGAGGCGGUUCAGCGGUAUCCUCUGGAACUUAAGCGCGUGACUUCUGCGUCGUCUUCAUGUAGCAAUUCUUCGGCUCCAUUGAUGCUGAACGAAGGACAGUCCAGCGGUGUCUACGUAUUGUCGUAUGCUGAAGGGCACUCUGUGGUUCCCGCUCGUAUCUUGAAGUACAUGCGGUUGCUCAUGCACCACGAAAUAUCGACGAAUGCGUUCUCAGUGGUGGUUCGGUUUGAUCCACGUCCAUCGCAUUGGGAGUUAAUGAAGCCUGGAAUGGUGUCGCCUCGCUCGUUGCCUUCGAGUCCAACGUUGAGUCGCCAACUACAGAAACGAAUGGCUCAUUACACUUUGCAGACUCUACUGGGUGCACGCGAUAAACUUCGAGAACUCGACACUGCACGACGUAAACUGCAACAUCGACUGCGACAGCAUGAACAAAUUCAGGCCCAACGAAGGAAACAAUCCUGAUGAAUUGUAGAUAGUGUGAAUAUCUUCAGCAGGUGUGAAUAUGGACACAUUUCUCAAUUACUGGUACGUCUCGUGUUCGAAUUUGAGGUAGUUCAAGCGGAAUCGACCAAGCUCCCUCCAUGGUGUAGAUCUUGUGGUA